GGGUAGAAGAGGGCGGGUGGUGGGAUGGGGAGGGCAGAGUGGGGAGGCCCUGGGCAGACCCUGGCAGAAGGGGUACGGGGCAGGGUGCGGGUUCACCGUUGGCAGGGCCAGGUGAGCUAUGUGGCCUCAGCUGCUUCUCUUGCUGCUGGCCCCACGGGGUGGGCAUGGCUGCCAUGGGCCGGAGCUGGACCGGGAACUUGUCCUGGCCAAGGUGAGGGCCCUGUUCCUGGAUGCGUUGGGAGCCCCAGCAGUGACUGGGGAAGGUGGGAAUCCUGGAGUCAGGCGUCUGCCCCGAAGACAUGCUGUGAGGGGCUUCAUGCGCAGGGGCUCUGAGCCCGAGGAAGAGGAUGUCUCCCAGGCCAUCCUUUUCCCGGCUACAGGUGCUCGCCUCGGGGACAAGCCAGCUGCCGGAGAGCUGGCCCAGGAGGCCAAGGAGGGCCUCUUUACAUAUGUGUUCCGGCCAUCCCAGCACACACGCAGCCGCCAGGUGACGUCGGCCCAGCUGUGGUUCCACACGGGACUGGACAGGCAGGAGACAGCAGCCGCCAAUAGCUCUGGGCCCCUGCUCGGCCUCCUGGCACUGUCGUCCGGGGGUCCCACAGCUGUGCCCAUAUCACUGGGCCAGGCACCCCCUCGCUGGGCUGUGCUGCACCUGGCCGCCUCUGCUUUCCCUCUGCUGACCCAUCCCGUCCUGGUGCUCCUCCUGCACUGUCCUCUCUGUUCCUGCUCAGCGCGGCCCGAGGCCACCCCCUUCCUGGUGGCCCACACUCAGGCCAGGCCUCCCAGCGGAGGGGAGAGAGCCCGCCGCUCCACGCCCCCGCUGCCCUGGCCUUGGUCUCCUGCCGCGCUGCGCCUGCUGCAGAGGCCUCCGGAGGACCCCGCCGCGCAUGCCGACUGCCACAGAGCGGCCCUCAACAUCUCCUUCCAGGAGCUGGGCUGGGAACGGUGGAUCGUGCACCCUCCCAGUUUCACCUUCCACUAUUGUCAUGGGGGCUGUGGGCUGUCCACCCCGCCGGACCUGUCCCUGCCAGUCCCUGGGGCACCCCCUACCCCUGUCCAGCCCCUCUCUCUGGUGCCAGGGGCCCAGCCUUGCUGCGCUGCUCUCCCAGGGACCAUGAGGCCCUUACGUGUCCGCACCACCUCGGAUGGAGGUUACUCUUUUAAGUAUGAGAUGGUGCCCAACCUGCUCACGCAGCACUGUGCUUGCAUCUAAGGGGGUCCAUCUAAGGGGGUCCUGCUGGUGGCCGAGUCGCCACCAUUACCAGCCUGGAGGAAGGGCAGGGUUCCCACCUCCCCGCUCCUUCCACCUCUCUGCCUGGAGGCUCCCCUCCCUAUCCCGUCCCUGUCCCACGGGUAACGUGACAAUAAACAGCA